CUCUGUCUGUGGACGGACAGCGGGCACUGACGGGAAACAGGGCUGGAAGUUUUCCAGAUGUAUUUUUACCUGAUUUACUCUUUCUGACUGUGAGCUAAUCAUCUAAACAAGGGUCUAAUCUGAGAGGUUGUGCGCGCUCUGACGGGACUCCACGCACGACUGUGCGUGGUGGUUUGAUUUUUUUAGUUGUCUCCCAGCAGGAUAACCAGUAAAGUGAGAGGAUUUGCUUUGGUUCCAGAGGCGCUGUAAAGUGUGUGCGUGUGUGUGCGUGUGUGUGUGUUGCUCCGCUUCACUGCGGCACUGACGCAGCUGGUGUCACGCUCCACGAGAUGUUCCAGUGAUUCACGAGAAGGAUCGGAACAACACUCCGUAAGAAGGGAACGAUUUUCGUUUUCUGCUCUGGGAUGGAGUGAAGCACAGCGCGAGGCUCAGCUGCUCUGAUCCGAGAUGGUUGGCCCGUGCGUCAUUACGCUCUGAGGGUCUCCUGGAGAGUGGUCUCUGGAACUGAAGGACGAGUUGGAGCCCCCCCUCCUCCCCUCCCCCAGAAUAAAUCUCCAGCAGUGAUGUCCAAGACGCUGAAGAAGAAGAAGCACUGGUCCACCAAGGUGCAGGAGAGCUCCGUGUCCUGGGGAGGCUCCGGGGACCUGAGCGCCGUGCUGGAGGUGCGCGGCGGCGCGGAGCUCGGAGAGUUCCCGCACGUCGGGCGCGUGCUGUCCGAGGCGGUGGUGUGCGAGGCGGGGAGGUUCCCCGCCAGCGGGGACGUGCUGCUGGAGGUCAGUGGCACUCCGGUGAGUGGACUCACGCACAGAGACACGCUGGCCGUCAUCCGACACUUCCGGGAGCCGGUCCGCCUCAAGACCGUGAGACCAGGUAAGGUGCUGAAUACAGAUUUGCAUCACUACCUCAGCCUGCAGUUUCAAAAGGGCUCCCUGGACCACAAGCUCCAGCAGGUGAUCAGGGACAACCUCUACCUGCGCACCAUUCCCUGUACCACUCGUCAGCCCAGAGAGGGGGAAGUUCCUGGAGUAGACUAUAACUUCAUCAGCGUGGAGGAGUUCCGCAAGCUGGAGGAAAGUGGGCUGCUGCUGGAGAGUGGCACCUAUGAAGAGCUGCCCUACGGCUGGGAGAAGAUUGAGGACCCUCAGUUUGGCACCUACUAUGUUGACCACAUCAACCAGAAGACCCAGUUUGAGAAUCCAGUAAUGGAAGCUAAGAAGAAGAUGAGCAUAGACACGCCCAUCACAGUACGACCACCUGGACCCACAGAAGACGAGCCUGCUCGGGGAGCACGAGGUUUCACACGAGAUCCCUCUCAGCUGCAGGGAUCCAUCCUGCAGACUGCACUUCGAAAAAGCCCGCAGGGAUUUGGGUUCACCAUCAUCGGAGGAGACCGCCCAGACGAGUUCCUUCAGGUCAAAAACGUCCUUCCUGAUGGUCCUGCUGCACACGACAAAAGGAUUGCCCCAGGUGACAUCAUUGUGGACAUCAAUGGGACAUGUGUGCUGGGGAAGACUCACGCUGAUGUGGUCCAGAUGUUCCAGUCUAUCCCAGUCAACCAGUAUGUGGAUUUAGUCCUGUGUCGAGGCUACCCUCUGCCUGAGGACUCCAACAGCAGUGAGGAAGCAUCAGGAAGCCUCAUCACCUUAAAGGAGGCCUCCCUGUCCCCAUCCACCUCCACACCCCAGGACCCACACAUCACAAUUCCAGACGGGGGAGCCCUGUCACGGCAGGCUUCCUCAAUGCAACCUAUGAGCAACGGAGGGCGCCACCAUGCUCAUCCCCAGCAGCAACAACAUGCACCUCCUGCCCAGAACCAGGAGGGACCAGACACUACUCUGUUGCAGCCGGAGCUGGUGAGUGUACCCUUGAUGAAAGGCCCAGGGGGGUUUGGCUUUGCCAUCGCAGACUGUCCUCUGGGACAGAAGGUGAAGAUGAUCCUGGACGCCCAGUGGUGCCGCGGCUUGUUAAAGGGUGAUGUCAUCAAGGAAAUCAACAGGCAGAACGUCCAAACGCUUAGCCACUCCCAGGUGGUGGACAUCCUCAAAGACCUGCCGGUGGGCAGCGAGGUCAACGUGCUCGUGCUGAGAGGAGGUCAGACGUCUCCUGUGAAAUCACUAAAACCUUGCACGGCUCCCAUGUCCCACACCGGGUCCCAGCCCAGCCUCCACCAGACUCCUCACGCUGUCUCCCAGCAGCUGUCCCACCCGUCCUCCCAGCCCACCGUCCAGCAGCAGAGGCAGGACAUGGCAGACAGCACAGAGACCCUCAGUGAGCAGGAGGCGCUCCCUGUUUCUGCCAGCGGCCUGCGCUCAACUUCACCCAAACCGGACCCGUCUGAGCUCUACCUCAAGUCCAAAGCAUUGCUGGACAGCAGGCCGCUGAACACCAAGGACCUGGACGUGUUCAUCAAAAGAAAUCAGGAGUCAGGGUUUGGCUUCAGAGUCCUGGGAGGAGAGGGUCCGGAUCAGCCGGUGUACAUCGGUGCGAUCGUCCCACUGGGUGCAGCUGAGAAGGACGGGCGCCUGCGCGCCGGAGACGAGCUGCUUUGUAUAGACGGCGUUCCCGUCAAGGGCAAAUCCCACAAACAAGUGUUGGAACUGAUGACCAAUGCCGCCCGGAAUGGCCAGGUUAUGCUCACCGUCCGCAGGAAGAUGGUUCACUCAGAUGAUGGGGAGGAGGAGGACAGCAGCCAGCAGCAGGUAGCAUCAGCUCUGGUCAACAGCUCUCCCAAGACGCCUCGCCUCGAGGCGCCGAACACCGCGCCGCCUGCUCACACCUCUCGGGCGGAGAGCUUCAACGUCACCCUGCAGCGCAAAGACCACGAGGGCUUCGGGUUUGUCAUCCUCACGUCAAAGAACAAGCCCCCGCCUGGAGUAAUACCUCACAAAAUUGGUCGAAUAAUUGAAGGCAGUCCUACAGACCGGAUCGGUCAGAUGAAAGUGGGCGACCGCAUUUCUGCAGUCAACGGUCAGUCCAUCAUGGAGCUGUCACACAACGACAUCGUUCAGCUCAUCAAGGAUGCAGGGAAUACGGUCACUCUGACGGUCGUACCUGAAGACGAUGGCGCUCCUCCAUCUGGAACAAACUCAGUCAAGCACAGCCCGUCAGCCCAGCACAGAGCUGUGGGCCAGCAGCCUCCCAAUUACCAGGACAGAAACGGUGACUCUGAGGUGAAGAACUCACUCCAGCCGAGUGAGAGAGGAACCUUCAUCACAUCAGGCCCCAAACAGGGCUGCUUUGUGGUGGAACUGGAGCGCAGCCAGCGGGGCUUCGGCUUCAGCCUGAGAGGAGGGAAAGAGUACAACAUGGGUCUGUACAUCCUGCGCCUGGCCGAGGACGGGCCAGCUCUUAACGAUGGCAGGAUACACGUUGGAGAUCAGAUCGUGGAGAUCAACGGUGAGGCAACGCAGGGCAUCACACACACUCGAGCGAUUGAGCUGAUCCAAGCGGGAGGCAACAAGGUCCACCUGCUGCUCCGAGCGGGCCAGGGCCUGGUCCCGGAUCACAGUUCAAAAGACAAAGCAGUUAUUUCGACAGCAAGCUUUUCCAGACUCUCUGCAUCUGAUGACCAGUUGUCUCCAGCUUCUCCGUCCUCCAUCUUUUUCUCUACCUCAGAAGGGUCUCCAUCUUCUCCCAAAACUUCUGCCUCUUAUGAGCUCUCUGAAGAGGACCUCAGGGCGUCUGGGUCACCUGAUGAUGGACAGGAGCACAGUAGGCAGGCCAACAGAUCAAAAGAACAGCAGCUUCUCCACCACAACCAGAAACGUACCAGCAGCCCCAGCAAACACGUCAGACAAGCUGCCAGGAGCAACUCCAAGUCCAGCAGUCCCAGAAGAGUUGCUGAAGGCUGGAAUGAUCAGGUGGAGCGGUCCCUGAGCUACCGAAAAACAGAGCGAGGCCACAGUGGAUCCCAGGAGGACGUGAUCAUGGAGAGAAAAACCCAAGGACAGAGAGACCCCCGCUCCUCUAGUCCAAGAAAAAGUUCCAAGAAGGAGCGUGAUCCUGCAAUGCAUCCUGGGAACCUGGAAGAGCCUCAGAGCCCCAGGCGCCCAGCUGGCCAACAGCCCAAUGUUUCCACUUUGGAAAGGAAGGACAGGAAGCAUAAGGGGGAGGAUGCAACUCACUGGCAGGAGAGAGGUGCCACAGAGAGUGGAGACAAAAGCUGGGGGUCUGGGGAGCGUCCCAGGAAAGGAAAGAGGACUGAGAAAGAGGCGGCAGCGCCAAAGUCCAACAGGGAGAGGAUGGGGUCGGAUGCUGAUACCAGCACGAUGAGCCAGAGGAGUGGAAGAGACAGGGCGGACAGAGAAUACAGAGGGGACAGGCACCGGGGGACAGCUGAGGAUGUGAGCAGAAAGGAUUCCAGAGGUUCCAGUAGCAGCAUUCAGGACCCCAACUGCAACGGGACCAGCACCAGCAAGAAGUCUCCCAUCACCCCCGGCCCCUGGAAAGUUCCCACCUCUACCAAGAUCCAGUCUCACAUGGACACAGCAUAUGCUGAUAUUUGAAACCUCGACGGGACUGCAUGAAGAUAAACUGAGCCUCUCAAGUAUGGAUAUGGAAGUGUGGAAGGAUUGUUGUUUCCUUUUUGUUAAACAGCAGAACGCGCUGUGACCAGCACGAUACCGUCUCAUUGACUGUUUUGUUUGUGUGUUUUUUCACCCAGUUUGCCUCGGACAUGUUGCAUUAAGCUGCUGAUCUGACAUGAGUGUUUGUUCCUUCCAUGGAUUUGUGUGCACCAGAAGGAUCCAGAGUGGUUUUUGGUUGUUUUGUUUUUUCGUUUGGUUGGUAGUUUUUUUUUUUUGUUUGUUUGUAUUUCGUGCCAAUCAGAUACUCCGGUUAUGAAGACGCUGUUCCAGACAGCACUCACUGUGAAGCAGUUUGUAGAAGAUUGAAUGAAGUGCUCGUCCUCUUGAUCCCAACCACAUGAAGGAACCUUGUUUUUAUCUCUCACUUUGAAGGAUUACAAGCAAACGUCUGCACUCUCCCAACUUUUAUACCCAGCAAAAUUUAGUCACUGUUAUGGUCACAAAUGGACCAAAUGUAAAGGAGAAUUUUUGAGUUUCUCGUAAAGUGAACUCGAGAGAAAAUCAGUGUCUUCUAAGUGUGUGGUUUUUUUUUUUUAAGAGAACCCGACAAGAACUGUGACUAGUGUGACUGCAUUCAAACAUUUUAAGUCAUGACUCAAAUGCUGGUGGAAGGACCACCCUGGAGCUUUAUAUGCAUCAAUGAGCAGACCAGAUACUUGUGCUUAUAGAUCUAAUGUUUAUUACCUGUGUUGUGACAAUAAGACUUUGUGUAUUUUUCAUAGAAAUAGAAGUUUAAAAAAAAAGGCCGUCUGUAGAGAUGUCCACGCUGUGAGGAGUCACUGUUGAUGUGUGAAGGAGACGGAGCAUGUUGAAAAGUGUUAAUAUUAAAAGAUUCCCACUAAGAAAAGCUUAAAUUACAGUCGUGAGAAAAAAUCAAGUCCAUCCAUUUUUUUGUUUGGGGGUUUUACGUGUCAGGACAGAGAAAGGAUCUGGUCUUUACCAGGUUCUAACAUUAUUUAAAUCUAACUUCAUGUGUAUAAACACAACAGAUUUCACCAUGACGUUUUUAUCAACAAAAAUGAAGCCCAAAUGGAAAAAACUGUGGAAUACUAAGUCUGCCUCAUGAUUCAGUAGCUUGUAGAACUACAACAACCACCCUCGGUAAUGUUUUUUGUUGGACUUUAUUGGUUUCUUACAGGGUUGUGGAGGAAUUUUGUCUCAGUUUUUUUUUAAGUGUUGCUUCGUUUCAUUGAGGUUUACAGACAUUUGUUUCUGCACAGCAUUAUCACAUUAUUUUUUCAGCUAUUCUGUUGUACCACUGUUGGGACCACUGUUCAGUUUCCUGACCCUGUCUGGUCCAAGCUUCAGCUGUCAGCCAAACGUCCUCAUAUCUGACUCAACAACAACCACUUCAGCCUGCAGAGGAGUUUGACUCAUUGACUGGACAGAGCCCAGGUCUUCUGUCUGCAAUACAUGCCCACAUCAUUAGCCCUCCACCACCAUGCUUGACAGU